AACAAGUACUCAACCUAAAAGCCCACAAAAUGUCUCUAACCCUAAAAACCACAAUCCAAUUCCCAAUUUUUACACUACCACUACCACCAUCACACCACCACCGUCCGGCCACCGUAAUCCGCUUCUCUCGGUGGCACAACCCACGCCAUGACCAACAAAACUCACCCACACAAAAACAAACAGAAGACCAAUUACGUUUCAACAAACGCUUCCAAUCCGCCAACAACAUCACCACCACAACCAAUCUCCGACCACCCACUAACACCACCGUUCCACCGCCGUAUAAGUCCACCGGAACGCCGUCGUCGCCUUCCCGGCCAUCAAUUCCUGGUAAAAAGUCUAAAUACUCAAAACCCAUAAAAAAUAAUAAUCAAAAUCAUCCUGCAUUUAAAAGAAUUGUUAAAAUUAGAAAAAUCCCAGAUGAAAUAAUUCAAGAAAAUGAUGAAAAUUUAGUGAAAGUAUCAGAAACUGGACUAAGUUAUGUUAUACCUGAAGCCCCUUUUGAAUUUCAAUAUAGUUAUACAGAAACACCAAAGAUUAAACCUUUAAGACUUAGGGAACCCGCGAUAGCUCCGUUUGGGCCCGGUACAAUGCCGAGGCCUUGGACGGGGAAAAAACCGUUGCCACCGAGUAAAAAGAAGUUAGAUUUUGAUUCAUUUGUGUUGCCUCCACCACAUAAGAAAGGGGUUAAGCCAGUGCAAGCUCCUGGCCCAUUUUUGCCUGGGUCGGGUCCGAAAUAUGUUAAGACUAGAGAAGAAGUGUUGGGUGAGCCGUUGUCGAAAGAAGAAGUUGAUGCUCUUAUUAAAGGGUGUUUGAAAUCACAAAGGCAGUUGAAUAUGGGUAGAGAUGGUUUGACACACAAUAUGUUGGACAAUAUUCAUGCUCACUGGAAACGAAGAAGGGUCUGCAAAAUAAAAUGUAAAGGCGUGUGCACUGUUGACAUGGACAACGUACGCCAACAACUAGAGGAGAAGACAGGAGGGAAGAUAAUAUAUAGCAAAGGUGGAGUUGUGUAUCUUUUCCGAGGUAGAAAUUAUAAUUACAAAACUCGUCCCAUGUUUCCACUUAUGUUAUGGAAGCCAAUUACACCGGUGUAUCCACGGCUCAUCCAACGGGUUCCAGAGGGGCUAACAUUGGAAGAAGCAAGUGAAAUGCGCAAGAAAGGGCGGCAAUUGAUCCCAAUAUGCAAGCUUGGGAAAAAUGGUGUUUACUGUGACCUUGCUAAUAAUGUAAGAGAGGCAUUUGAAACAUGUGAGUUAGUGCGAGUUAAUUGUGAAGGCAUGAAUGGGAGUGACUAUCGCAGAAUUGGUGCAAAACUAAAGGAUCUGGUCCCUUGUGUGCUGGUUUCAUUUGAGCUCGAACACAUACUUAUGUGGAGAGGGCGAGAUUGGAAAUCAAUGUUCGUCGACGGAAACGCGCCCCAUGAAACAACUAAUCCUGAUACUGUCGAUGCAGAUUUAGUUGUAUCUUCUCCAGAAUCAUCGUCAGAAUAUUCAACAGAAGACGAGCUUGAGGAAAAUGAUAUUAUACUUUCGACCCUUGGGGACAUUGAUGACAACAAUAGUGUGACGCCUGAUGAUAGUGAAGACACUACUUCAGAAAAGAGAAGUAAUCAAGAUUGUUUAGUGGGAGUGAUGUCACUUUUAAGGGAAGCAGUACAAGAUGGAAUUGCGGUGGUUCUUGAAGAUUCUUCUAUGGAUGCUGACAUGGCGUAUGCAAAGGCGGUUGCUUUUGCACAGCAUGCUGUACCUGGGCCAACUUUUAGGCUAUAUCGACCCAAAAAGGUGGCAGUGUCAACAACAGAAAAGCAAGAAGGUGAAGAAACAGUGGGGAAGGAGGUAGUAACAGCUUCUGAGCGUAAACAAGGUGAGAAAAGAAAUCCUAGAACCCGAAAGAAGGAUUUUAAGGGAAAUUACCUCGACAUAGUUCCACAAGCAACUCUAAGAGUUGAUGAACUAGCCAAGCUUCUAGGUUAAACUUAGGCGUAGCCUUCUGUAUCAUACACUUGCUAUAGGGCAUGUAAAAUACACAUUUGGUGUGUUGUUGGUGUAAUUAUUAUAGUGUAUGAUUUGUUAUAUGAGCGAUUAGCGAUAGUCUUAUGAUGAGGUGUAGAUGUUUAAUGGUUGGGAACCAUAGCGAACCCGAAGCCAUGAUUUCAGAUAUCGGGUGGUGUAUGCUCUGUGAAUGUGCAUUUUAAAAGAAAUGACUAAUUGAGUAUAGUUCAAGUGGUA